AUGCUCGUCUCCCCUGAAAACUUCGGAGUAGUUGAACCAGGCAUAUACAGAUGUUCCAAAAUCGAAGUUGAGAAUUUCCAAUUCUUGGAAACGCUAACCUUGAAAUCUAUAGUGGUGCUAGAUGCCGAAAAACCACCGCGAUCAAUUUCAAAUUUUCUAGACACCAACAAGAUCGACUUGUAUAAUCUUGGCGACCUCAAGAUUUCCAACCAUCAGCAUACGGGAGUCUCAUCCAAGACCGAUUUGGAAGACUACGAACUCAACAACAACAGCGGUAACAAUAACAAUAAUAGUAGCGAAGUUGUAUCGAAUUCGUCAUCACGCACCUCAUCCCAAUUUGUCGACCAUGCCCAUGCCCAGGUUGUGCCUGCGCUAGUGCCGCUCUUGUCGCGAAGUAACCGCGAUCAAUGGAUGUUGAUCGAGAAAAACCUCAUUGUGAAAUCUUUCGAGUUGCUCUUCAACAGUCGAAGACACCCCAUUUUGAUCAUUGACUCCACGGCGACGUUGAUGGGGAUAUUGCGCAAGAUUCAGAAAUGGAACUUUAAUCUGAUUUUGAACGAGUAUAGGAUAUUCAACGGCACCUCGAAUAAGAACAACUAUUUUGCGGAAACGUUUCUCGAGUUGAUCUCGAUUGAGUUGGUGCCAUAUGAAAAUCGCAAACGCAGUCCCUUUGGCAGCCGCAGAAACUCGGCUGCGAGAUCAAUGAAGUACCUGAAUAGCAGCUCGGGCCAGGAGAAGCUUCAGCAGUUGCAGAAGAGUCCCGUUAUAUACGCUACGGAUUUGAGUCGUCUGGACGACUUGGGCACUGGGGCUGAUUACGAAGAAGAAGCAAUCGCUGACGAGGAGGAAGAUGGAGAGGACGAUGAUGGUGAUGAUGAGGACGACGACGAGGAUGACGGAUACGACAGCUUGGACGAUAUGGAUGACAUGGAUGAUGAUUUGCUUUCUGCCUCGCCGCAAAUCCCGGAAAACCUACUCAAGUUUGUCGAACAGCGCAAACUAGAUAAACAGCAACAACUGCAACUGCAGCUGCAGACUCAGCCAAAUAGCGGUCGCAAUUCCAUUGACAAUGACUUCGAGAAUGGCUACAACUCGCCUCGUUCUAUGCGAAGCCCCAUUAUGGGUCCCAGUAGUCGAAACAACAGCAUAACUGAGUCGUACUUGAACCUAGUGCGAGGCAUGGACCGUCGCCGAUCCUCGUCAGGGGAGAUUAUGAGAAAUAUCAAGUUUAGAAACCCCGCGGCGAAAGAAGGGGGCACGUCGCCAGCAACGUUGAGACGGAAAAGCUCGGCCAAAGGUAUAAGCACUUUCUUAGGCGGCAGUGGUGGCAGCGAUGAAAACUCGGCCGUUGCCAAACCCGUUGAUUUCAAAUACUACAAAAAUCUACAUAAACAUCGAACGGAGUUUGAAAAUGUUGGCACGAUCAAGUUGAAAUUGCCUGCUGAACACAAAUUGCCGGGAUGGUUCAUCAAGGGCCGCGAUGUGUGGGAAAAGAAUUACAAGUUGUUGAAUAGUGACACUAUAUAG